AUGAACAUCUCCCACGCAAUUCCAUCCACGGUCGAGAGCGUUUCCUUCUCGUUCCUCACAACAGAAGAUGUCCGGCGCAUUUCCGUCAAGCAAAUCGUGAACCCCGUUCUCCUCGAUGACCUCGGACGACCAAAUGUAGGAGGUCUCUAUGACCCUUCUUUGGGGCCAAGUGACAAACAAGACAUUUGCGCGACAUGCCGCUUGUCCUACUUCACAUGUCCGGGACAUUUCGGCCACAUCGAGCUCCCCGCCCCGUUCAAGCUCAGUCGAUUUGUGCUGUGCAAAUUCGUCGCGAAACUGCGUCUGCUGGAAUUCGGGUUCUUGGUGGCUGCGAAGGCCCUGGACGAUAUGCACUACAGCACCAAGAGGACUCGCAACGUUGAAGACGGCGAUGAUGAGGAUCCUACCGAAUCCUACGAUGCUUAUGAGCAGCGAAUCAACCUCUACGUCGCAGCCCACCUAACUACGGCUUCAGGCAGCAAACGCGAUGCGUACAAAGAUGGUCUUGUGUACCAGGCAAGGAAGGACGUGAUUCACGACUUCGUCAAGGCUUCAAUGACAAGAAAGUGCCAGAACGAGAGCUGCAGAGCUUUCGGCUACACGUUCCGCAAGGAAGGGUACACGAAGAUCAUCGAGUACGACCUGACCCCAAAGCAGAAGCUGCAGCACGACGCCGCCGGGUUGAAGCGACCUGAUGUGAUGCUCGACCAGUCAAGAACCAACACCGCCGCGAAGUCGAAGUCGCAAACCAAUGGUCGAACAGGAGACUCGUCGGAUGAAGACUCGGACAGCGAGGAAGAGGAGGCCGGCGACGACGUCUUCACAGACAACGACGAGGAAAGCCCCGUACAUGUUAAGUUCGGUCCUGCAAAGUCGGCCAGCGGCAAGGUUAAGGGCGCCCGUGGCCGCAACGAACGUGUCAUCACUCCUGAGGAGUGCAGGGCUCACCUGCGGCGACUGUUCGCCAACGAAUCCAUCAUGUGCUCGCUCCUGUUCGGGCGGCAUGGCCCAUUUGCCCCUCUCACGCAGCACAAUCUGUCCCUCGCUUCCGCGGACAUGUUUUUCAUGGAGGUCCUCCCUAUCAGCCCCACACGUUUCCGUCCACCUGCAAAGAUGGGCGACAUGCUCUUCGAGCACCCUCAAAACGAAUUGCUAUCAAAGGUUCUCUCGACAUCGUACCGGUUGCGCGAUCUUAAUGUCAACCUCCGGGCGGCGUCGGUGAAAGGUUCCGAUCUGCAGGUCGACGUCAACAGUUACAUUGACAGCAGCAAGAACCCUCAGCCCAUCCGCCAGGGUCGCUUGCCGCCCGCCGGUGUUAAGCAGGGCCUAGAGAAGAAGGAAGGUCUAUUCCGGAAGCAUAUGAUGGGGAAACGUGUCAACUAUGCCGCCCGAUCUGUCAUUUCUCCCGACGUCAACAUCGAGCCGAACGAAAUCGGCAUACCUCCAGUGUUCGCCCGGAAGUUGACCUUCCCGGAACCUGUCACGCCGAAUAACCUCCAGGAGUUGCGACAGUAUGUGAUCACUGGCGCUCGCGGCUACCCCGGCGCUACGAUGGUGGAGUAUGAAGACGGUCACCUACAGUUCCUGGACAAGCUCACGCUGGAGCAACGUACGGCCAUUGCGAACCAGCUAUUGACGCCGCAAGAAGGGUCGCAUGGGUCGAGCCAACAGCAUGGAUUGUAUACGUCAACCCCAGCUAUCAACAAGAAGGUCUACCGACAUCUGCGCGACGGGGAUAUCCUUAUCCUAAAUCGACAACCGACGCUCCACAAGCCCAGUAUGAUGUGUCACAAAGCGCGGGUUCUUCAGGGCGAGAAAACGAUUCGUAUGCAUUAUGCCAAUUGUAAUUCCUAUAACGCGGACUUCGACGGUGAUGAAAUGAACAUCCAUUUCCCUCAGAACCAAGUGGCGAGAGCGGAAGCGUACUACAUCGCGAAUACCGACAAUCAAUACCUCGUUCCGACGUCGGGCAAGCCUCUCCGUGGUCUCAUUCAGGAUCAUGUCGUUGCCGGCGUUUGGAUGACCGCGCAGGAUGCGUUCUUCACCCGAGAAGAAUAUUUCCAACUUCUUUACGGCGCGCUGCGGCCAGAAACGUCUCCCGAGCAGUUCAAUGGUCGUCUGGUGACACUGUCUCCAACCAUAUGGAAGCCAAGGCCACUCUGGACGGGCAAACAAAUCAUCUCGACCAUCAUGAAGAACAUCACGCCGCAAUCCUUUGAAGGACUCAAUCUUCACGCUCAGGCAAAAGUACCGGGCCACCUGUGGGGCAAGAAUUCCAAGAGGAUCAAGUGGUUUUUAUGGAUGGCGAACUGCUCUGCGGCGUCCUGGACAAUGCACUCCGUGUACGAACUCUAUGGCGCGGACGUUGCGGGAAAACUUCUUGGAAUCCUCAGUCGGCUGUUCACGAAAUUCCUGCAACACCGCGCAUUCACAUGUCGGAUGGACGACCUCGCCCUGACACCCGACGGCAACGCCCGGCGUGCGGACAUCCUGGUCAAAGGAGCGAAUCUCGGCACGGAGGGCGCCACCGAGAACUUCCCUGUGCUCAAGACCACAGCCGAAGAAGACAAGGCCGCGGUCCUGCGUUCUCUCCUGGAAGACGUGCUUCGAGACGACAGCAAGAUGGCCGGUCUUGACGUAACAGUAAAGGGCAAGCUCGCGAAACUUACCAAGUCCAUCGCGGAUGCGGUCAUGCCACAUGGUCUGCUGCGCCAGUUCCCCCACAACCACAUGCAAGCGAUGACAGUGUCCGCAAGAACUGAAGGCCGCCGUGUUCCUGUUAUGGUCAGCGGGAAGACGUUGCCGUCCUUCAAGCCGUUCGAGACUCGUGCCAUCGCGGGCGGCUACGUUGCGAGUCGCUUCCUCACUGGCGUCAAGCCCCAGGAAUUUUUUUUCCAUUGUAUGGCGGGUCGUGAAGGUCUCAUCGACACGGCUGUCAAGACGUCGCGUUCCGGAUACCUCCAGCGCUGUCUGAUCAAACACCUCGAAGGCAUCCGUGUCCACUACGACAACACCGUCAGGGGGAGCGACUCGUCGAUCUACCAGUUCAACUACGGUGGCGACUCCCUCGACGUGACCAAGCAGAAGCACCUGCUCCAGUUCGAGUUCAUUGCGCGUAAUGAGCGUUCUUUUGUGCAACGGCUCCGCCCUAAGGAGCUCCACAGCUUCAUCAACGAAGAUGCAGUCGACUACAUGAAGAAGAUCGUCAAGUACAAGGACAGGAAGGAGAAGCGCGACAAGAUGGCUAUCACAAUGUCCAAGUACCCCCCGCAACGCUGCCUCGGCAGCACCUCAGAGCUCUUCGCUGACAAGGUGCACGAAUACAUCAUCAAGAACCCGCACGGGCUCAUCAAGGACAAGGACCCCGCCCGCUUCCGCCCCAAAAGUAGUAGAUUGACGCUCACUAAGAAGCAGUUCCAGGUCCUGGCGAAUGUCAAAUACAUGCGUAGUCUAGUUGAGCCAGGGGAAGCCGUCGGUCUUCUCGCAUCGCAAGGUGUCGGCGAGCCAUCAACGCAGAUGACCCUCAACACUUUCCAUUUCGCAGGCACGUUCACCGCACGCCGGCACGGCGCCGCGAAUGUUACCCUUGGUAUUCCUCGCCUUCGCGAGAUCGUGAUGACCGCGUCCCAGAAGCCAAAGACGCCCUCAAUGACCGUCAAAGUUCCGUCGGGAGCCCGGCUGUCAGACCUCCAGAGCUUCUGCAAGCAGGCGAGCCGACUCGCUCUCUCACACGUCGUCGACAAGGUCAGCGUAACCGAGCAGCUAGUCCUCAAGGGGGAGUCUCGGAGCAAGGAGUUCACCAUCCACCUGGCGUUCUUUCCCCGCGCCGAGUACGAGGAGGAGUACGACGUCACACCCGUCGAGAUCAUGUCCGCGUUCGCUGUCAAGUUCCCGAACAUCUUCAAGAAGGAGCUCCAGAUGGAGCUCAAGAAGCUCGACGCGGACCUGAAGAGCCAGAAGUCAGACCUGGGCAAGGGCCGGACGGUGCGCGAUCAGGUCGGCGCGGUCGCGGGCGACGAAGAUGAGGACGGCGAGGAGCCCCGGGUCCGCGGGCGGGACGACGACAACGACAACGAAGGCAGCGAGAUCGGAGACGGGGACGCGACAAGCUCGAAGAUGAAGCUCCAGCGGAAGGAGCAGGCGACGUACGAGGACGAGGACGAGGAUGAGGAGGACGAGGAGGCUGAGCGGAUCGGCGAGCUCGACGCGGACAUCGAGCGUGACUAUGCCGAAGAGGGCUCAGACGAGGAGAUGGACGUGGACGAGCCUGGACCUUCGCUCUCGGACGAGCACGAACGGGUGGAACAGAAAUUCAUGGAGAAUCUGCCCAGCGCCACGUCCUUCACGUUCCGUGAAUCGGGGUGCACAAUUGGCCUCCAGUUCGGGUCCACCAUGCCGAAAUUACUCCUGGUCGGGCUAGUCGAGCGAGUCUGCCUGAAAACGGUCGUCCGAGAGAUCCCAGGCAUUAGCGACUGUUUCAUGAAGGAGGAUGAAGGGAAGAAUGGCGAAAAACUCCAUUCUCUCCUGACCAAUGGCUCCAACAUCCCCGGCCUCUGGCAAUUCGCUUGCGGACGUGGCGAAGACAUCAUCGACCAGAACGGCAUCUACACGAACGAUAUCUACGCGCUUCUGUGUGCAUACGGCGUGGAGGCCGCGCGCCGCGCCAUCCUGCAGGAAAUCGGCGGCGUCUUCGCCGUGUACAAGAUCGACGUGGACAUGCGUCACUUGGAGCUUAUCGCCGAUUACAUGACAUUCGACGGCGGCUACAAGCCGUUUAACCGGAAGGGGAUCUCGACCAACCCAUCGCCGCUGCUCAAGGCGUCGUACGAGACCACGGCGGCGUUCCUCUCGGACGCGACGUUGCACGGCGACUUCGACGACCUGACUACGCCGUCCGGGAACAUUGUUGUGGGCCGUCUGAGCCACACAGGGACGGGCGUGUUCGACGUCGUGGUGCCGACUGCGCGCGUGACUGGGGCGAUGUCAUAG